UCAACAAAGGCGCCGCAACCCGAUCGCCUUACAGAGACCUGCAAUCAAAUGCUUCCAGGAAAGAUCAUUGUGCCCCUGUCACCCCCGAGCUCUCCUCGCAUGUCUGGUCAAGACUACAAGCCAGCACUACCUGGUUGGCAAGCGCAUCAAGAUCACCAGUCGUCUUUUGGACAGGGGUAUCCUCAUGCAGCAGGCCAGUACCAGGCUCCUCAAGAGCCUGUCCCGAGCAGCCAUGUUCUGAGCGUACCUCAAGGUCCUUCGCUGAGAUCGUACAAGACAUCGCCAUACCCUCUCAACGCCCAGUACUCGGCAGGCAGCACUACUCCGGGUUCCUACCCACAACAUGCUUCAUCGGACNNCCCCAAAUCUCAUACAACUUCCCAAUCCAAUGCUGGACCUGGACAGCAGGCGUCGGCCGAGUCGUUACCCGGCAGCCCAUCGUCUCACCUGAGUCCGCACUCGCAAGGAGUCGACCCCGACGAUGAGAUUGCGGAUGAUGAUGAUCAAGAUGCAAGUGGAGAUGCCGACGAUGGCGAGAACAAGCCUCCGAUGACGGCAGCCGAGCUGAGGAACCAAAAGCGCAAGAUGAAGCGGUUCAGGUAUGCUACUUACCCACAACCAAACGAGAUUCCUGAUGAGCGAGUUCAGUCGCUAAGCUCAUCCCGAUGCUGCGCAUCGCGAAAGACUCUCUCGAGAGAUUCCUGGCUUGAGCCCAAGGCAGGUGCAAGUCUGGUUCCAAAACAGCUGAAGCGUUUGACAGCCGAGGAUCGUGAGAGGAUGAUGAAGUCAAGAGCUCUGCCGGAUAACUUUGACAUGACACCCAGUCUUCACAGCAACUAUGGCUCAGCGCCUGGCGGUAUCACACCUGGCGCAUCUCCUGCUAGCUAUGGCACAGUCAUCCACCAACCUGGUCACAUUCGUCCCCUAACUCUCGACACACUCCGCCGAGGAGAAUUGGGACCUAGCUACAUUAGCCCGACUGGAAUUCCUCCUGGCAUGACAACAAUGGCAUACACACCCCCGCAUUCAGCGACAGAUACCAUGUCGCCAGUCACGAGACCGCCAGAAGGUGCUGACUACGGAUAUACUCCUCGUUCAACUCUGGAUAGUCCUCAGAGAGCCAUGUUCUCUGGACCUCCUCCGUCAUACGCCAGCCAAUAUUCUCAGGCACCACGACUUCCUGUACACGAUCGGUUCAGACGCGCAAGUGGAGAAACUGCCACAUCGUCUCCUCUGAGAUCUAGCAUGUCUUAUGGCAGUCUGAGUGGCGAGAGCUCUCAACACCCCUCCGAGGCCAGGACUCCUGGUUUGCAAUCGUCAGAGGGCCAUGGAUACAUCUCUCAACAGGAUGCGCAGAGGAACAUGCCUCCUCCCAGCGGACCAUAUGACGGCUUCCCCAGCUACCAAUCUAGUGUUCGCCCUGCCCAAGCACCGACUAGUGGCCCUCCAAGCAUCGACAUGAUCAAUGCCUAUCACAGAGACAGCCAACAACUGCUCAGCCAGCACCCGUCUUCAUUCCCCGGAUACCAACAAUACCACAACCCAACCCCUUACUCCACACCUCAAAUGCCUCACUACGCCAACUUCAGCAACCAGUUUGCUCCUUCCUCUUCAUACUCUGGUCCCUACAUGCAGCGCUCAGAGCAGCCACAGGCACAACCUCAACAACCGCAGAACCCUCCUACUUCCUUGGCUCCUAGCGCCGCCCAGCGAUCUCCGUACCACGGACAGCGCAGCAACGAAUCUGAAGCCAGCCACAGUGACAGCGGAGUUGCGAUCGGCGCUUCCUACUAG